AUGAAAGCUCUUCUACAAUUUUCAGAGACUUUAGGAGAGACGUUGCGAAAUACUUUCAUAGGCCAACCACAACUACAAAUUAUUAAUGUCUGCCAUAUUAAUGCGCAGAGUGUGCCAAGCCAUUACAGUGACCUCGUUGACACUUUUUCGAACUCUGGCGUUCAUGCCGUCCUGAUUUCCGAGACUUGGCUUAAACCUCAUCUUCUUUCAACUACUUACCCCCUUCCUGGCUUCGUUCUCAUUAGGAAUGAUCGGGUUGAGAAGAGGGGCGGUGGUGUCGCUAUCUACCUACGUAGCGAGUUUCCUUUUAAGAUUCUCGCCACCUCACCGGGCUCCUCUGCUUCUUCCGAAUUUCUCUUUCUUGAGGUUUUUGUCAAAGGGGCCAAGCUUAUCCUUGGUGUUGUUUACUGUCCUCCCACUGUCGACUAUUUCUCCAGCAUCGAACCGGUGCUGGAAUCUAUAGGGUCCGAGUAUUCACAUGUUAUCGUCAUGGGCGAUUUUAACACAGACCUCCUUUCCGAAAAUUCCCUUCGCUCCCGUAAACUCCUCGAAAUUAUAAGGUCCUCAAGUCUUCAUGUUCUUCCCCUUCAAGCCACUCACCACAUCAUUGACGGACAUGAUACCUGGCUUGACCUUAUCCUUUCUUCGAGUCCUUCCUUGGUCUCAGCCUCCGGACAACUUCCUGCCCCUGGUUUUUCCCACCACGACCUCAUCUUCCUCUCGUACAGCCUUAAACCCCCUAAACCCCGUCCUAGGGUACUGCACUUGCGUUCUUUUGGCCGUAUGGAUGUGGAGAAAUUGCAUAGGGAUGGCUUCUCAUCUAAAAAUGGGACGACUUGUAUAGUGCACCUAACAUCCGACACUAAAGUCAACAUUUUUGCAGGCUAA